GAAGUGGCGUACAUAGCAGCCACGAAAAAAAAAAUGCAGCUGUUUGCAAGGGUUCUGUAACUUGUAUGUAUUUGUUUUAUGCUAUUAUCUCCCAUGCUGUUACCCGAAGAUAAACAGUGGCAAUUAUCUCGGGGAGAGUCGUUAAAUGUGAUCUUUGGAUCCCUUUGGACUUGGAUAUCAGAGCCAUAUAUUUGUCAAAAUCAUGGAGUGGACAGAUAUAUACAGGGUAGCUGGGAGUGAAAAGGUUCAAGAUCUGGAGGUUGAACUAAAGAAAGAAUUGGAUGAGUUGAAAAAUGAACUUGAGGAAAAUGCAAUGAUUCAUGGAAUUCCAUCUAAACCUAUCAGUUCUGUGCCUAUACCCAAAAGUAUCAGUCACUAUCGCAAUGAUAGAAAGCUCAUCAUUGAAAGAGCUAUGCAAGUCAGUGAAGCCCAACCCCUUGUAGUGCAAGCUGAUGUCAUGAAGGAAGAAAUGUUAGCAACACAAAAAGAGGAGUACACAAAAAACAGCAUACCCUUAUUACUACAUCAGUACUUCUUAGACCGCAUACAGCAAUUGGUUCAGUGUAAACACAUGCACAUGCUGAGAUGGAAAAGAUUCAGUGAAAACACCAAUUUUGUUGAGUCUCUUUAUACACUAUACCAUGCACGUCUCCAACACAUCAUGGCAGAGUACAGAGACUGCAUUGAGAGAGCUCAGCGCCUGGCCGUGGUGAAGGAAGGGUAUUUGUCACACACAGACCAGGGAAUCCAGGCAGUAAAAGAAGAAGAUCUUCUUAUUUACCUCCGCUGGCUUGUCUGUCACCUCCACUCUGUGAAAAUGUUUAACCAGUACCUACGGGUGUUACAGUGGUUGCCUGUGACAAGAAAAAUGGAUUUUGCUGUGAAAGAAAGGGAUAGAGAGGAAGAAGCCUCCUUGUCAUCCCGGAUGGCAUCACGCUACCAGGACGACUCUCUGUUUGUGUCACAAUCAUUCUCUGCUGACUCCCGCCGAGGAUCAGCUACAUCAUCACUGAUCCUAAACAAUGUGCCUCCAGUCCCACCCCCUAUCAGCUCAACACUCCUCACUGUGGUCCCAAUGACCUCCUCCUCCUUUAUCCAUGCUUCAGCAGCUGCAGGGGGUGGUGUUGCAGGGGACGAAGAACUACUUCAACUGCCUCUCCAUGUGAAUGAGUUUGAAAAGCUGCGCCAAGUUCUUAGCUUCCUUCUCAGCAUCUAUGGCAUCAGUUAUGAUGUGCAAAAUGUUACCACUUCUGCUGAAGAAAUGGAAAUAUACAGCAUGGUCAACAAAAAGUUUCGACAGAUAUUUGGACGCCAGGAGCACAUGAAAACAUUUAGAACCUAUGAUACAUUUGAGGCUGGCCAGGAGAAUUGGGGAGCAGACACAUUUCUACAUGCGCUGAAGAAAGAGGCCAACUGGCAGGAGUUUGUGAGACUCAAACCAGAAAAGGAUGCACAUCAAGAAAAGCAAAUGACUCAGCUGCGCCACAGAAAGAAGAUUGACGAACUGUUGAGAGUGCAAUCACACUUUCUGCAGGUGAUGGAUGCUGAGCAUGUGCUAAAGGCUUUGAAGGAACAUGCAGCUUUGGUGCGGGAUCCUCCCGGUGUACAGGCUGCCUCAGUCACAGCGAACAAGACACCUUACAACACGGCCACAAUUAUGAAGAGGAUAUAUUCAAACCCUGACUUUUUCAGUUUGGGUGAGAAAUCCGAAGAUGCGAAGGUCCAGGAAAUUGAUGAGAGAGACAUUGAGAAUGUUAACUUGUCACGCUCUUCCAGUGUAACCUCUGGGUGGGGCAAACGCAAAGACAGUUACAGUUACUUCAACAGUGUCCAAAUGUUGGGUCUGGAUGAAGGUGACCAAGAGUGCAGUGACCCAGCCACAAUACAGGGAGCCUACAUGUCAUACUUACUUUUAAGACACUUGAGGAUACGAGAUCUUCAGAGAACGUGCUUGAGUGUGUUCAACUACUUCCGCUCGGUGGAGAGGACCCUGACCAUUAAUGAUGGUGGACUGUCAAUGGAGGCUGACAAAGCCACUCAGGCCAGCAAGCAAAACCAUCGCAAGGGGACAGAAGUGGAUGGAACAACUGGAGGAGGAGGCGGCCUUGGGUAUCAUGGAUAUCUUCACAAUACUCCUUUAGAUUUCAAAAUGAGCGAGACAGAAUUUAUGGAGUUUUGUGACAUUCAAAACCAUGAUGACUUUUAUUUGUGGGAGGAAGGCCGUGUCCACGUGCAGGAUCAGCAGGGUUAUUACAUUGUCUAUGAUGCAGCCAUGAAUGACCUCAAAGCUCUGGAAAAUGACUUGUUACUGCUGGCCUCAUACUUUAUAGACAAGGACAGAGACUUAAGGACAGCAUCUGGUAUCAAAAGAUCCAGUUUAAGCUCAUUCAGAAGACGACAGUCAGUUGCUGGUGACACAGAUCUAUCAAGCUAUGCUCAUCAGGAAGUUGACAGGAUUGCUAUCCUCAUGGACAUCUGGACAAAUGAAACAGCCUUCAUGGAAUGCAAAAAAGAGCUGCUGGAUUGUUACCUGGAAGCAUACCAGCAUGUUUUUGACCGAGAUGAGAAGAGGGCUCUUGCACAAGUAAUCACAAACAUCAUACAUCAACGACCACGGAUUGAUUUCAAAGACAAGUACUUCAUCAAGACUUACAGGACUGAAUGUGUCACUUUGAGGUUACACUGCAAACUGCUGAAAAGCAUCCUUGAUAAACAGAUUGAGGAGCAGAGGGAAUAUGCCCAGAGAGUGUGCCGGGAGGGGGAUGGGGAGUUUGGGCUACCCCAUAAAGUCAUACCAAAGCAGCCAGUCUCUAUUAAUAUGAGCAGUCAUAAGGAAGAAGAAGUCCCACGAUCAGCCCUGAAGAAUGUUUUCUUGAUGGAGUUCCAUCCAUCUCUUGCAAUAUCAUCUCGACUUCCAGAAGCCUUGAAGUACGCUUAUGGGGAAUUGGUACAUAUGCAUCGCCCUGAAUCAACGUACGAGAUGGUUAUGUUGGAGAGGAAUUUGCUGGAGGUCUGCUUGAAGGAGUGGGAGAAACUGCCUGUGAUGGGCAGGUCAUACUCACCACACAUACAGAAGGAUUUGUUCUCAGAUGUCUUUGUUGAGGACCCUCUUUUUAUCUGUGAGAUCGCUGUGUCCCAGUGGCAUCAAGAGGAGAAAACUAUGGGGCGAUGCUCACUCAAGGAAAAGCAACUCAGUAUGAUUUCUACCAUCUGUAGAAUGAUGGAGGUGGUGACAAGUAGGUACAGGCUAAUGGAUGCUGCAUGGGAAACAGAAAUUUUAUCCAAGGUAUACAGAAAACAGGCUGUUGAGCUUGGAUUUGAGGACUACCAUUUGUUUCUACGCUUUGUGCAGUUUGAAUUUGCCAGUUUCAAAGAAGAUGCCGGUAAACCUCCCCCUGUGUUUCUGACAGCUGUACAUGAGGAGGACCCAAGUGUGGACAGGUAUACCCCAUCAUUUUUGUACCUGGCAAUACAGGAGCUAGAUGAAAACCAUGUUGGACGGUUCAGCUUCAGGGGAAGAGAUGGCCUUCUUCAGGUUUACCGUCCAGGUGGGCUGGAGAAUCUACAGGUGAUUCUAAAGGCUCAGGUAGUUCACAAGAACUGCUUGAUCUGUGCAGUCCAACAGGUCAGCGCCUGUCAGCCAGUGAAAGGAAUCGUGGGAGAUAGGAAAAGCGGACGAGCCACCCCAACUGAGACAAAGAGCGAGAAAAGCACCUUAACACAGAUGACUGGCUUCUCAAGUGGCACCCAGGGCACAGCCCUAGCCUCUAAACGAGGAGUAGAUUCGAAAUCCAGGGAUAAAACUAUAGAGUCUUUUAUCUCCAUCCAGCUAGAAAAGGGACCAAGUCGAGAUUUGAUGCUGAAUGAAUUUGUGAAGAAGAAAGCUGCAAUGGGUGUAGCAUUGCGCAACACUGAAGAGAUGGAGAAAGUCAAGCGAAACCUUAUCUCAAACUACUGUGAGGAGUUUUUCAUGAGAAUGGCUCAAUAUUCUUUGAGGUCACAGAUUCUUAUGUAUCAUUACAGUAUGCUCGCUUUACUGGAUCAAUUUCCAAGCAUAAGGGACACAUAUUUCAUGGUAGGAGAGGCUAAUGAAAAGAAAACGGCUGAAGACAGCAUGGAAGGAAUGGAAUCUGAACCUGGUCAAAUGAAGAAGCGACCUAGACGACUGCUGUCUGCAGACGGCAAGCACCUCCUCAACCUCUGGUUUAUCCCUCACCAUACAGAAGUCCUUGUGAUGUUCAAAACCCUGGAUGAUCAUGCAUGUGUCAGAGCUCUCACCCAUAGCUUAUGUAUUGUUUCAUCACUCCAUGAUAUCCUCCAGUAUCUCUGUGCGCAUUCUAGCCUGGGAUCCUCUCAUGCAAGGUUUGGUUCCCAAAAAAUGGAGUUUGUGUCUGCAGACUGGGGAGGCAAUGAAGGAAUAGGUGCUGAGCUUCGGGAAAUCCAGAAACAGAUUAACAACUUACCUGAGAUGCAUGAACCUGAGAUCGUGGGUGAUUUCUUAGCUCUCAGACGGGAUGUCAUGUUUCUGGAGAUCGACACAGCUGUGAGACACUCUAUGAUAGACACUUUCCUUCACACUGGAAAUGUGCAGGCAUUCAAGGCCAUCAGUGACAACAUCUACUCAGCACUUCCCACACUGAGCAAUGUUCAGCGACCAAGCCUGUUUAGUACUUAUCUUAACAUACCGGAGCCAUUAGAGGCACGGGAUGCAAAAGCAAGUCUGCUGUUUCCAUGGAGAGCCUUCUGUGGAAGGAAUGGACCGUUUCCUACAUUGUUUUGGCCCUUCCACCAGAUAGAGCACAACAUACAGUUGGCGAUGGCAGGCUUAAAGGAUGUUGAUAGACAUGUGGCCAAUGGGGAGUUGCUGGGUGUUGUUCUACUGAUGGAGGAUGUUCUGCUGGCUGGGAUCCAGGAUGCCUCUGCCCUGGGGCAUGACGGGGACGGAGAAGGCAGCCAAAAGAGUUCCCCAGCCUCCUCUCGGCCGGUCAGUCGGCUCAGCAAAGACAUGCCCCGGCCCACCAUGAGGCUUUCCCAGGAUCAAACCAAAAAGACGGCUGUUCCCCCACCAAAGCAAGGCUUAUCUCGAACCCAUGAACCUCUGGAGGCGUAUCGUCUCCUGAGGUCAUUCCUUCUCCUCUGGAAAAGACAGGAGGUGUUAAAAGCUGACUGGGGAAGACGCAAACUCAUUGUGGAAAGGAUUGAAUCUCCUCACUUGUACAAAGAAUUCUGUAAACAGUACAAGCUGGAGAUUCUGUUUCCCGUGAUUCAAAGUGUGGCACGUCGUUUGGGACAAGGAGACUUAUAUGAAGGUCUAGUCUCCGAAUCAGAACCUUUGGUCAUGCCAAAAGGAUCUUCAGAGAUUGAAAUCCGGUCAAGACAAGUGUUUAAACUGCUAGAAAAUCUUGAGUGUCACAUGAUUAAUGAGGUGCGUAAGAAAUUGGCACGAGAACUGACACUUGCCCUGGCAGAGAGAUCCAGAGAGGAAGGGGCACUGCCAACAGAUCUGUGGAAGAAACCAGUGAUGAAGGAAAGCUACACCAUAACUCGUCCUCAUAUUGCUGAGAACUUUGCCCAGGCCCUUAUGUCUGACUGCCUGGAGACAGAGGAAGACAUCACAAUUUCUAAGGCUCACCUGAAUACCUGUCUAACCGAACUGGCUCAGAGAGUUAUGGCCCGGGAAAAAUUGAACUACGAGAGUUACACAAUGUAUUAUGAAACAUUGUUGAAGGCCAAUCAUAACCUUCUGUACCAAAAAGAACAGGAAAUGAAGCAGCUGCAAGACCAGGUGAAGUCAGCAGUGCAUAAUGUCACAGUUGAGGUCCAAUGUCAAAUGGCAGAUCAGGCACAUGAUAUUCUCAUGGAAAUAACAGCUUUGAGAGCAAAAAUUAGUGAGAUGAGAGACAUGAGUCUGACACAGGAGAGAGACAUUCGAGAGCGGGUGAAGGAGGAGUACGAGGGGCUAGUUCAAAACCUGUUCAACACAGUGUGCCAGGUCAAGGCCAAGUUUGACGAAUACAGGGGCGAUCUUUUGAAUGAUACAAGGGAGAAAAUAGCAGAGACAAGAUCAGAGGCUGUGGAAGCCUUAACCAAACUCAACCAAAAGUUUGAUAUCAAGUCAGAUAAUACAAGCCUGGUGUCUAACCUGGCCAAAGCUGAUCAUAUGAGGAAUGUUCAGCGAGAAAACCAUCACCUAAAUGUCCUCAUUCUGAAGAUGAAAACAAUGAAUAGCUGGAGACAGAACCACAGCCAAGUCAACUUUACAACAACGAUUGGUAAAUUAAAGAAGGAAGCAGAUAAAAUUAAAAAGCAGUAUGUUGAGAUGAAAAUGAUAGCAGAGGAAGAGGUGAUCCUGUUGAGACAACAACAGGUUGCCAUUCGUAAAGCUCUCACUUCUGCAGAAAAAGAGUUGAAUGAAGUAAAGAAAAUGCUGGAAAAAGAGCUGAAAGUGAAGCAAGAGAAGUCUCACGUAGAUUUACAGAGAGCAAGAAGUCAGAGGCAGUUGCAGUCUGCAAAAUCGGCAAACAUUGAGAAAUUGCUGGAGGAAUUGGGUGACAAAGACAUGAGGCUGAGGCUGAUGUCGAAUGAGCAGGACAAACAAUUCAAGCUUUCCACCAUGAACCAGGGUAAGGUGAAGAAGGACAUGACUCAGUUCAAAAAGCAGCUGGCUCAUGAACGCUCCCUAAAAUUGGACGCAUUCAACAGAGUGGAUGAACUCCAAGCUCAGAUCUAUGAUUAUGAAACUGUCCAGCGAUCACACUCUGCAGUUUCCCUGCCAUCCAGUUCAGUCUCAGCUCGAGUUGCAUCCACUCGUUCCCAAUCCGCCAAGGUGACCAGCUCCAAGUCAACACGGCCCAGUACAGCCUCAACAGGAGUGUGGCCUCCCCGCGUUGUCUGGCCACAGAACCGUAGUGUUACACCAGAGUUGGGAAGCAAUACAAACCUCGAGGUCAAGAAGAUACAGCGCCCUAAAACGGUUUCUGGACGCCUCCGUAGCCGAAUAGCUGAGAAACUGCUAUAUGAACUAGAAAGAGAGGAGCGUAUAAAUGUGCAACUACAACAACUUCAUUUAGAAAACAUUAGUGAAAAGAAUCUGUAAUAUGUUCUAUGGACUGCUGACUCCAGGAUUUGUGAUAAUGUAAAUUCACAUGUAAAGCUUUUAACUCUAUUGAGUUUAUAAUACAUAGAAUGUGAAUGUAAUUUUUAAAGGCUCUCAUGUAUAGGGUCAGAAUAUAUGUGAUAGACUAAAUAAUCAACAGUUUUUUAGGACUUAAUCAUAUUACUAUUUAUUGGUAUUUUGGCAGAAAUGUUUAUCACCUGUAAUUAUUUCUGUAUGGAAUAUUAUGUGUGUCCAAUUCAAAUAUACAUGCAGUGACAAUAAUUGUAGUUUACAAUAAUUGUAGUUUACAAUAAUCACAUUAUACAUGUGAACAAUUCUAUAAAUCAGUGAUUAUUAUGUUUAUGUCUAUGACUGGACUUUGCUUAGACUACAGCCAGUGCUAAUUUUCAUUUUAUUUGCUUUUUAAACUUGCUUUAAGUGAGGUUUAAAGCAUGCAGUCAGGUUUUAAAUCAAGUAACCAUGUUAAAUGGUGCUGGAAUAUGUUAGUGUGUGAUUUUUUUGAAAUAAUGUUUUCAUAAUAUUUUACUGCUUAUACAUGCAGCAAACUUACUAUGCAACACAACUUACAAAGAAUAUAGGUUGUUGAAAUGUCAUGCAUUCUGUGAGCCUUGCAUGUAUACCUUUUUUCAAGCAACUGUGAUUAUUUUAUCUACAAGUUUAAAAUAAAUUCAUAUAUCACUUGUUGUAAUAAACUGCUGUUUAUUAGUGUACAUUAUAUUAUUGUAAAGCUGUUCACUUGGUCUUUAUGUACCAUACUUAUUUUGGGUUGUUCUGUAUAUGUUAUGUUGUAUUUGUGAAUAAGCUUAUUGUUUUUGUUUGUCAGCUUUGUCUGAUA